UUACGGAGAGAAAGAUAAGGGCUUUGCUUGAAUCUUCUUCAAUACGAGUGUUUGAUCUUCUUUAUUAAAAACAGUUCACAGUUGUUACUUGCAUUUAUAGGUGCCUUCCAACAUCCUAUUAUUUUGUGAGGUAGUCUUGACAAAUUACAAACCCUAGAAGGCUAGGAUACCUCGUUGUUGUCUGGAUUUUUUGUUCUUUUUUUAGGUAAAUCAUAGAUACACAUAUGCCCAUGUUUUAGAUUGCACAUCUGUUUAUCUUCUUUAUGCAAUUUCUUGUAUUUGGACCUUAUUUCUUGAUUACCCAGUUGGGUUCUUGAGGUUAUACAAGGGUUUUGUCGGAAGAACUUGAUAGUAUGAAAGGGGACAGAUUGGCUAAAAGGUGUUCUUUUGGAGGCAUAGUUAAGAGAAGGCUCUCGGACAUUACUAAUUCGCUGCCACAACCAAAAUCCCCUAUCAAUGUGGAAAAACCAUCGCUGAUAGAUUCUUCUGCUAAGGACUACAUUGACCAUCUCAUAAAGGAAAACAUGGCAUUGAUGAAACUUAUUGCAGACAAAAAUAAAAUCAUAGAAUUAAGUGGAAUUGAGCUUCAGAAGUUGCGAGUGAGUCUUCAGAAAUUGCAGCUGCAGAAUUGGAAUCUUGCUCAAUCAAACGGCCAUGUAUUAGCGGAACUCAAUUUGGGUAGGGAAAAGUUAAAAUCCCUACAGCAUGAGCUUGUGUGCAAGGAUGCCUCUCUUAAAGCAAAGAAUGUAGAAUUUGUGGGGCAAGGACAACUGAAGGGUCAAACGAAGGGGCCUAAGGAAGAAAAGGAUGCCAUAAAGAAACAUAUAUUGGGAGGUGAUAGCAAACCAUGUAACAGUAACAGAAGGCGCUCCGCUAGAAGUAAAUCUAUGGGCCAUUCAGCUACAUCUCAGCAAGCUGCAGGUGAAGAGACAACUGAGAGUAAAAGGCGUUGUCUAAGAAGGCAGUCUGCUGGUUAUAAAUCUCACAAGCAAGAACUUGUAGAAAACUUGUUUGAGAUAGAAGAUGCUAAAUUUCCAAUUGGUAGUCCAAUGCAUGAAGAUGGUCCAGCUCCGUCGGUUUCUUCUGUCAAGAAAGAAGACAAUGAUGAAAAAUCUACCCUCGGAUGUGAAGCUCGAGACUCAAAAAGAACCAUGGGAAGGCCAUUGCGUAAAGCAGCCGAGAAGGUUCAGUCCUACAAGGAAAUCCCUCUUAAUAUCAAAAUGCGGAGAGCAGGAUGAUCGUAGUCUACUUUGUGCUCACUCCCAUAUCAGUGAGUACUGGACACACAAGCCUGCAGAACCAUGGAUACUUUCCAUUGUCUUCCUGUGCUAUUGUUGUCUGUAUAUUAUGAAUUGUCUCUUUUACUGGAGAAGAGAUCAUCU